AGUACCCUUUAAUUUCUCCGAAAGCUAAAACUUUUUUUUUUGCAGCCGCGUUUCACUUUCAACGAUACCUCUUCAUCUUCCUCUCUCUCUCUCACAAAUCCUAAAUCCAGAUAGCUCCUCUGAGUCUCUCUAUCUCCCUCCCUCUGUGUGUUGUUACUAGACUUUUUUUUUUGCUUUUCUUUUUGAAGAUUCGCUAGGUCGCUCGGACGUUGUUGUUUUGCGUUUCUCUCGGAGCUCAAAACUAGUCGGCGAGGAAGUUAGGGGAAAAAAAUGGAAAUGGAAGUUGUCUUGGGAAUCGGAGAAGAGGAGAAACCUAAAGCUAGCUGUGCUUCGGAGAUUGAAUCUGCUAAGGAACACGAUUUAGGUGAGAAUACGCUAAAGGAUGAUGGUGGUGUUGUUGUUGUUCAGGAGAACGGUUUUAAGGUUUCUGUAAACGGAGAUGGUGAGGGUGAGAAGGAGAAGGUAAACGUUGUUGAGGCUGAGAAGAAUUUGAACGAAUCUGGUGUUGUUGUUGAAGAUUGCGUUAUGAAUGGUGUUUCUUCGUUGCUGAAAUUGAAGGAAGAUAUGAAAGAAGAAGAAGAAGAAGAUGGUGGUGAUGAUGAAGAAGAGGAGGAAGAGGAAGAGGAAGAGGAAGAAGAACAUGGGUACUGUGUUGGAGAUUUUGUGUGGGGCAAAAUCAAGAAUCAUCCAUGGUGGCCUGGUCAGAUUUACGAUCCAUCUGAUGCUUCUGAUUUGGCUUUGAAGAUAAAGCAGAAAGGGAAAUUGCUUGUGGCUUAUUUCGGUGACGGGACGUUUGCUUGGUGCGGUGCGUCUCAGUUGAAACCGUUUGCAGAGAGUUUUAAAGAGUGUUCGAAGGUGAGUAAUUCUAAGAGUUUCCUCGUUGCGGUGGAAGAGGCGGUUGGAGAGAUGGGGAGACACGUUGAGCGUUUGCUGGUGUGUGAUUGUGCUGAGGGGAAAGAUAAGUUUGAUAGUCGUGCAGCUAACAAUGCCGGGAUUAAGGAAGGGGUUUUGGUGCGCGACUUGAGACGCGAAAUGAUUUCGUCUUUGCUGGUUGGGAAACAUGGAGAGAUUCUUAAAGAUGUUAAAUGCUCUGCAUUGACGGUUAGCUUUGGUGGGUUGCUUGAGCUGGAGAUAUUGAAAAGGAAGGUAUCUGCGUUUUAUCGGUCUAACAGAGGAUAUGGUUUGACUGAGUAUCAUGAGCCUCAAUCAGUUCCAGGACUUGAAGACAAAAACAACAGUGAUGAUGAUGAUGAUGAUGAUGAUGAUGAUGAAGACGAGAAUGUUGAUGAUGGGUUAGAAUUGCGUGCUAAACGUUCUAGCAUAGAGGAAGCAGAAGCUUUGGAUCCUGAAGAGUCGACUCUUCAGGGAUCGUUAGAGAGGUGUUCCGGGUUUCCUGAUCAUAGGCUGCUCCACAGAAGGAAGGAAAAGAGCAUUGCUGAUAUAUUGGAGAAUGAUUCUUCUGCUAAGGUGAGAUUUGAGACAGAACUAGUGAAUGGAGAUGUAAAGUCAAAUGUUAAGUCGGGUAGGAAAAAAACAAAACGCUUUGAUGAAGUUAAUGGUGAGCUUGAAAAUGUUACCACCACUACACCGAGGAGAAGAAAGAGUGAAGUUUCUACAAUCGAAAAUGCUAGUCAGAAGCAAGUGGAAGAAGGUAGCAAAAGCGAAACUUCAAGUAAGAGAAAGAAAAGGGCUGUGGAUGAUGAUGAUGGGAGUGGAAACAGAGAAGAGACAGAGAAAAACGAGGCUUCGAAUGUGGAUAUAGAUAUUGAUUCAACUCCUUUAGCUUCACUGCGAAAAAAGGUCAGGUUUGAUAUUUCCAAGAAUGAUGCAAGUGGCGAGACCGCCACACAAUCAUCAAAGAGGGAGAGGAAGAAGAGCAAGUACCUUUCGCCUGAUUUCUUGUCGGAUUUUUCACGCAAAGGGAGUAAAAAGAGUCAGGUUGAAUCUGAAUCUUCUAACAUUUCAAGUCAGAGCCAAGUAGGAGAGCAAAUAACCGAUGCUAAUGACAGCAUCAUGGCAGUGGAAGAAGAUGAAUUGGAUUUACCAUGUGAGCCUUCAUUUGAUUAUGGGUUAGGUCGCGAAGAACUGUCAGAGGAACUAAGUAACGCUGUCGAUUUUCUGAGGUUGGGAGCUACACCAAAGGAAAUGCAAGAUCUAAUUCGUGUAUCAGCUCUUGGUACACAAUAUCCAAAAGACAGUAGCUCAAGAGACAUGGUAAGAGAAUUCAUGACCAUCUAUAGAAGCUUCACAUAUCAUCAGGGAGCCAUUAACAAGACUUUAGGGGGUUAUGAUAGUUCAGAUAAAGAAAAAGAACAACUGAAUGAGAUGCCCAAUCCCGAGACUAAGGGGAAAGAGAAAAAAGAUAAGAAGCGUAAAGUGAAGCAGCCAGCAGAGGAGGUUGAGGAAACUCGGAAAGAAGAGAAUGAGACAGACAAUAAUGGGACAAUGAUGAAAGAGCAAAAACAUAAGAAGUCUAAAACAAAGAAGCGAGCUGAUGAAGGAGAAGAAACCCGGAAAGAGUCAAGUGAGUCAAUAAAGAAAGAGAGAAAACGGAAGAAGUCUGAAUCAAAGAAGCAAGCAGAUGGAGAAGAAGAAACUCAGAAAGAGGCGAAUGAUUUAACUAAAAAGGAGAGAAAACGUAAGAAGUCCGAAUCAAAGAAGCAAGGGGAAGCGGUUGAAGAAAAGGAUACCCAGAAAGAAUCGAGUGAGCCAACCAAGAAAGAGAGAAAACGGAAGAAGCCUAAACAUGACGAAGAAGAAAGCCAGAGUGAGACUGUGGAACCCGAGAAGAAGAACAAGAAGAAGAAGAAGAAAAUAGAAGGAAAGUCUAAAAAGAAAGAAACUGAAAGGGGAUUUGCAGGAGCUGAGCUAUAUGUUACAUUUGGUCCUGGUUCGAGUUUGCCUAAAAAAGAAGAUCUGAUUGAAAUAUAUGAGAGGUUUGGGACAUUGGACAAAGAAAGAACUGAUAUGUUAGAGAACAACCCGUCUGCCCGUGUUGCCUUCUUGGAUGUACCUGAUGGAGAAAAAGCUUUUGAAUCCUCACAAGAGAAAUGCCCGUUUACUACUAGUUCGACCGUUAAAUUCAGGCUCAAGUAUCCUAAUGAGAGAACAGUGAAGAAGAAAAAUGAAGCUGAAGUUGCAGAGACGACAGUGGAGGUGGAAUAUCUGAAGAAAAAGAUGGACGAGAUGAGAAUGUUACUUGACGGAUGUGAAGGAGGAAUGACUGAGGAAGUGAGAGUGAAAUUUGAAGGUGAGAUAGUAAAUUUGUUGGAGAAAGUGAGAAAGUAAGAGAGAUGAGAUCUUCGUAGGAUUAUGCUAUUAUGUUUUUAUUUUGUUGGUUGAGAAUUUUCAGGAGACUUUUGCAGGUUUUAGGAUAUUUAUGGUUUCUGCAAAACAAAAGAAAACUAUUUUGAGAAGAUGAUGAUACUUAUGAAUCUUGUCAUAGGUUAGAGAGUUAGAUCGAUGUUCCUUUUUGUUUUUGUGUAGACUUUUUCAAGUUUACAAAAUUUGAAACUAAACCGGUAAACCCUCUACACUGGGCUUUUGGUAUAUCACUCUCUUGAGUUUGGGAUACUGUUGUAAUUUACCUAUUGAUUA